AAGCACGGAGCAUGUGGGAUUGCUGGAUUAUGUAAUCUUCUACAAGCAUCUGCUGAGAAAAUGCAGAAUGAUGAUAAAAAAAUCAUUCAAGAUUAUCUUGUGAAUAUAGAUGCUGAAGAUUAUGUUACUAUUUAUGUGGGCAAAUGUAUUGAGGACAUUGAUGAGUGGAUCAGUCACUUUUCUGGAAAAAGUCAAUCUGAACAAACCAUGGAUAUGUUUAUUGUUGGACCUUAUGCAAAAACUCCUUGCACUAUUUUUUUAUAUGGUGAAAAUCAAUCUGAUGCUGAUCGUGAAGACAAAAUGGAAUGUUCUGGGACUAGUCGUGUUGGCAAAGCAUGUGACUUUUUAUAUUUGAGUUCAUCUCAUGAAUCACGUAUCAGAGAAAAUACCAGACCAACACAUAAAGAUAAUCAUGAUAAAUCAAUCUCAAAUUUUAUUGAAAUAAUUAAAGUUGCAAAAUCACAGCACAAAAAACUUGAAAAUCAUUUAAUAGAACAAAAUUUAUAUGGAAUAUGGGAUUGGGCCUCUGAUACAUUUCCAGAAAAAGAUGAAAGUGUUAGAGAAGUUGUUUUACUUUGUAAAGCAUUUUUAAUUUAUGGUAAUCUUUUGGAGCAGGUUGGAAGAUUAACAAAUAUUCUAACCAAAGAAGCUAAGGGAUUUAAACAUAAAUCUCUUGAGGAAUUUCCCAGAAAUCCAUAA